GAGCGCAGUGAUACAGUGACAAGCAGUUGGACGACUUAUCCAGAGAGAAACCUACCUGCACGGAGGAAACUCUCUCUCUCUCUCUCUGUUUCAGUUCCCUCUCAUUUUUUGGGAAUAGUGCGCAGCUGGCUGUUCUUUGGGGAUGAUGGAGCGUGUGUGGGACUGUGUUUCCUCCGCUGGGAUGUUUAUUCUCGGGGUGCUGUCGGUGCUUUGGCCGGCGCUAAAUGGAGUUUGGAGUUUUAACCUUUACGCAGAGCAUCCUACGGUUUACAGAGGACCCGAUGGAAGUUAUUUCGGUUAUUCUGUGGACUUCUACCAAGCUACCACCGACAGCAACACGAUCAGUGUGUUGGUGGGGGCUCCCAAGGCGAACACCUCCCAGCCUGGCGUUGUGGAGGCAGGGGCCGUCUACUACUGCCCCUGGCCUGGACACCCUGACAGCUGCAGACAGAUACCUUUUGACAUUUCAAAUAACAGGAUGAUAAAGGUCAAUGGCACCAGAGAGCCUCUGGAGUUUAAGUCGCACCAGUGGUUCGGAGCAUCGGUCAGGACACACAAAGGAAAAGUGGUGAUGAUCCAGACCCAGAGGGACAGGGGUUCUGCCAGGCUGGCUUCAGUGUUGAUUUCACCAAGGAAGGAAUGCUGGUCGUAGGAGGACCUGGAAGCUUUUACUGGCAAGGUCAGGUAAUGACAGCAGGGAUAGCUGAGAUACUAAACGGCUACUCUUUGAAGGCAGUGCUGAGACGGGUUCCAGGAGAGAAACACACCAGAGCAGCUGAGGACACACACGACGACAGCUACCUUGGUUACUCUGUGGCAGUGGGAGAGUUUACAGGAGACUCUGAACAAGAGCUGAUAGCCGGAGUCCCAAGAGGAGCACAAAACUUUGGAUAUGUGGCAAUGAUCAACUCCACCAAUCUGACCUUCAUCCAGAACUUUACAGGGGAACAGAUGGCCUCCUAUUUUGGCUACUCGGUGGCUGUCACUGACCUGAAUGGAGAUGGGACCGACGAUGUGCUGGUUGGAGCGCCCCUCUACAUGGAGAGAGAGAUGGAGAGCAAGCCUAGAGAGGUGGGGAGGGUGUACCUGUACCUGCAGAUGGCCCCGCUCACUUUCUCCAAACCUGUUGCCCUCACCGGCACGCACACCUUUGGGCGCUUCGGCACGGCUAUAGCACCCAUGGGAGACAUCAACCAGGAUGGAUACAAUGACGUGGCGGUGGGCUGUCCAUUCGGAGGCGAAGACCGUGGAGGCAGGGUAUUGAUCUUUAACGGUAACAGAGACGUAUCUACGCAAAGCCUGACGCUGAGCCAAGAGCUGAGAGCAGCCCGAACACCCAGUGGCAGCUUGCCUGGAUAUGGAUUCACUCUGCGAGGAGGCCAAGACCUGGACAACAAUCAGUAUCCUGAUCUGAUUGUGGGGGCGUUCGGCGCUGGCGAGGUGUCAGUAUACAGUCUGAAGGUAGAAGUGUGUGCAGCAGUCAGCGGAGUGGGGAUUCCCAGCUCUGUAGACCUGAAAGCAGAGCUACAGUUGGAUUGGUUGAAAGGCAGAGGUGGAGUUAAGAGAGUUUCUUUCCUGGACACCCAGCUGUCUCAGCGCACAGGCCUCCUAUCAUUGGGUCACAACCGCCCACGUUCAUGCCUAAGCUAUACCAUUUACCUGAAAGAGGAAGAGGAGUUUAGGGACAAAUUGACCCCUAUCUCACUGGCUCUGAACUACAGCUUGGCUCCACCCUCUCAUGGCCAAAACCUCCCACCUGUCCUCAACCAUUACAGCAGCACUUUCCUUCAAGAGCAUGCCUACAUUCUCCUGGACUGCGGUGACGACAAUAUUUGUAUCCCCGACCUCCAGCUCUCUGCCAGCAUGGAUCGCUCAGAGCUGGUGAUUGGAGAUGACAAUCUGGUCAUGUUGACCAUCACUGCAGUGAACCGAGGAGAGGGAGCUUAUGAGGCAGAGCUUUACACACUGAUACCACCAGAGGCUGACUAUAUUGGAGUGAAGCGCAGGGUGGAGUCCCUGUCGCAGCCAAACUGCGAGUACAAGAUGGUCAAUGAGUCCAGAAUGGUGGUGUGUGACCUCGGGAACCCAAUGGUGGCUGGGACAGAGCUGUCUGUUGGAUUGAGGUUUUCUGUCCAAAGGCUGGAUGAUGCUGGACCAAAGAUCAGCUUUGAGCUACAGAUCCACAGCUCCAACAAAGACAACUCUGAAAGCAACCCAGUCAGUUUGAAUCUGUCCAUCGCUGCCAAAGCUCAACUUGAUCUACGCGGGGUGUCUCAUCCCUCUCAGGUGGUGCUGCCAUUCCCACGCUGGGAACCCAAAGAGAAGCCUGUCAAAGAGGACGAUGUGGGACCACAAGUAACACACAUCUACGAGCUCCAUAACACUGGUCCCAGCAGUAUUCGGGAGGCUGAGCUCCAGGUUGGCUGGCCCUCCCGUUUCCGUGACGAGAACCUGCUGUAUGCCAUGGAGAUUCAAACUGACGGACCAAUUAGCUGCAGGACGAACACCAGCCUCAACCCACUUGGUCUUCAGAUUUCCUCUCUCCAGGACACACCUGAGUUAUUGGGUUUCUUGAGGAACACCAGCGCUCCUCAUCAGCGCCACAAACGCGCCGUCAGUGCCGCUCAGAGUUAUAGCGGUAAAACCUUGAACUGCACCAAUAUUUCCUGUCUGAGGAUCAUGUGUGUGGUUGGCCGCUUGGAUCGUGGACAGAGCGCAGUAGUCAAGAUCCGCUCGAGACUCUGGGCACAUACUUUCCUGCAGCGGCGUAACGACCCCUACAUUCUCAAUUCUACUGUGUCCUUUAUGGUCUUGACCAUGCCUUACCGCAUCCAACCCUCCAACCUGCCUCAACACACCACCUCGAUGGGGACCCUGGUGUUGUGGGGGACUCCUGAUGUGUCGUUUGCUGUUCCACUCUGGGUCAUCAUCCUAGCCAUACUGCUGGGGCUGCUGGUGCUGGCCAUGCUAACAUUAGCCAUGUGGAAGUGUGGUUUCUUUGACCGGGCACGCCCACCAGCUGACGAUGACGUCUCCGACCAGGAGCAGCUGACUUCUGAUCAAACAGGGGACGCCUAAGACGAUACGCAACAGCUCCUGAUUGGAGGACUGUGGUUUGGGAGGGAUGUGCACCUUCUGAGUAACUUAAAUCGGAUCUGAGAUCUGCAUUAGUUGGACAAUACAUUCCUUUGCUGGAGGUCUUCUGCCUCUUUGGUAACGAAACUGACUGAAAGCACAGACUGAAGACUGCAGAGCCACACAGACUGGGACCAAAGAACGAGGUUCAAACCAGACAGAGUGGGACCAAAACACACUUAACAGGCUCAAUCACACACACAUGUUCAUUGUUUAUCCAUUGUGAUGAAGAACUGAAGACAGAAUGGACUUUGUUGUGAAGACAAUGCUUUAAAUGUUUCUGUAACUGAACAUUUUUGUGUGUCCGUGAGAGUGAGACACAGAGACUUGAGAUCUAUGCACAAGUGCUUUUGUGAGUGUGAGAGUGUGUGUGUGCGUCUGUGCGUGUGUGUGUCUAUGGGGGUACAUAUGUGUAUGUUUAUUAGGUACCCCUCUUUUUAUCCUUUUUUUUUCAGUUUUGAAACUCCCCACCUGAUUUAAUUUAUCUUCGUUUUCUUCAAACUGAGUUGUACACAGAUUUAUCACACAGACACACACGCACACACACAGAUGCAGCAACAUGCAUAAACACAAAGGCACAAAGUUGAUGUGUAUAUUUAUGAAUGUAUGUGCAAUAUUUGAGCGUUGCGUGAUACUGAAGCUUGUUUACACUGGCAUUAUUUUAUUAGAGCUUAAUGUUUCCAUUGUUUAUGUAUAUAAAUGAUUUAAUAAAUGCUAUAUUAGUUAUUGAUAUUGCUGAACAACAAAAGUAAUAGUUUGGACUGAUUUACAGUAAAGCCACCCACCACAUGAGUUUUUCACAAAUAACAAAUAACUAACUUAUUAUUGUCUUGAUAGAAUGAUUUUAGGAUUUUAUCUUUGAGGAAACCAUGUCUCCACAGCCAAAGCCCUGCCCUGCUAGUUCAAGGUUUGUGGGUAUUGCUGUUAUUUUGGAUUUUCUUGCCAGUUGAUAAGACUUCAAAAACUAGCUGCAAAGAUAAACAGUCUCUAUCAAAAACUCGUUGUAGACAGUCUGAGACUGUACAUUACUGCACGUAACUGUAUGGCAUUUAACAGUGUGUUUGAUGUUGUCAUUUGUUUAUCUUAUAUUAGAGUUUAAUGCACAGGCAGCACAAAAAAACGGUCAGGAUCAUCAACAGCAACCUGAGUUUAAAACUAACUUUUAAUGUGUCAUGUUUGAGUCAUAUUUGGUUUUUGUAUCAAGUGUGAAGUUUUAUCACAAUAAAGUGUUGUUCCUUUUCUGUGGAGAAGGUAACUGGACUUGUCCUGUCAAACAUGAAGUUA